AUGGCGGUCUCUGCAGAGCUGGUUACCGGCGUCGCCCUUUGGCUGCUGCUCAAUCUCCUCGUUCCCCUGCUCGUCAAGUGCGCGGAACUCUCUCUCCGCUCAUCCCCCCUGCACUGGCGCUGGCUUCGGGGGGGCGGGAGGAGGGGGAGCCUCAAGCGGAAGCGCCGGGCAAGGGGAGGCGAAUGUGAUAGUAAGGGGGGAGAAAAUACCCGAAGCGAAUGUGCUAAUAAAGGGGUUGGCGUGGGCUUGGAUAGCAACGUAGAGGAGGAUGGGGGGGAAAGUGGGGGGAGAAGGGGAGGGGCGGAUGGAGAGGAGAUGAGGGGGAGUAAGGGAGAGGCAGGGGGAAACGAUGGGAGAGCACAGGGCGAAAGGGAGCAAGAAGAGGUUACCCUCACAAGUGGUGUUACAUCCAGUAUGGGGUACAUUCAGAUCCACACCACGUGCUUCAACCCCUGGCUGGAACGCCUUCGCAUGCUGCCUGCCAAGUCACCUGCCAAGAGGUUAGUGGGGGCACAUGCUGGGUUGCUGCUGCCCUUGCUCAUGUUCUCGAGCGCGGUUCUACUAUGGGAUGGCCUCGUUGCUUCCCUCCUUUUCCCCCUUCUCCGAUACCUCUCCACCUCAUCUCAGCACCUGCAGGAAAAUCAAGGCAUUCACACUGUGGAUCUCACUCACAACCACUCUCAUUACAGUCACGCUCACUACAGUCAUAACCCUUUUUCUGUAAACUCCUCUUUCGGACACUCCUCUGCUGCCGUCGACCUCUCUGGAACGGCUAGUGCUUUGGUAAACCAUGCAGAGAUGCAAGCUUCCCAAGUAGCGGAGACAGCUUCCCAUGCAACUGCAAAGCAAGCAACCACCACUGCCCCUGCUGCAACGCCUUCUUCUCUGCACGUGCUACAGCCUGUGGGAGGGGGUGCGAGUGCAGCACGUGGCAUGCUUCCUCCUCGCUCUGCUGCUCCCCGGAGCACACGUCGCGUUCCACCCCUCUUGCAGUUCAACGUCUGGCUAGCUUUCCCAUUCUCUCCUCCCCCCUUGCCCCGCUCCCGCAUCCAGAGAGGGAGUGCGAGUGCAGCACGUGGCAUGCUUCCUCCUCGCUCUGCUGCUCCCCGGAGCACACGUCGCGUUCCACCCCUCUUGCAGUUCAACGUCUGGCUAGCUUUCCCAUUCUCUCCUCCCCCCUUGCCCCGCUCCCGCAUCCAGAGAGGGAGUGCGAGUGCAGCACGUGGCAUGCUUCCUCCUCGCUCUGCUGCUCCCCGGAGCACACGUGGCCUUCCAUCCCGCGGACUACCACGCCCUGCCCCCUUUCGCCUGCUGCGAAUCCUCUCUGCCGGCAUAUGGCACAACAUGGUGGUGAGUGCUGGCAUAUGGCACAACAUGGUGGUGAGUGCUGGCAUAUGGCACAACAUGGUGGUGAGUGCUGGCAUAUGGCACAUCCAAGCACUGCUCUUCUUCCGCUCUACUCCCAGUCCCCCCCCAGGCCUCAAGGUUACAUCCGUGCAUCCGCUCUCCCCUCUCUUCAGUCACAUUCGCCCAGGAGACUCCUUACUAGUACUUGACCACACUCCGCUUUCCUCUCCUGCCGACUACACUCACCUCCUCUCCCAUCUCUCCCACGUCUCCCACCUCUCCUACCCUCUGCCUUCUUCGAUCCCUCCCUCACCUCCUUUCCGUGGGUAUUGCAUUUCCCUCUCGGCCAAUCACAAGCUGCCACCUGGAUUCCUGACUCCUCCAGCCUUUCCAGCCAAUGGGAUCCGUCUGCAUGGCCCCAGUCCUUCCUCAUCACCAUCUGCUGCUCCUAGUGCAGUUUCAGCCCUCCCCCUACUCACCCUCCUCCUCCUCGACCUCUUCCUCCUUUUCCAGUUCCUCUCCUUCCUCCUCCACUUCCUCCACUCCCUCCUCUCUAGUGUUUCAUCGCCACCAUCGAUGGUUCAGAUUUCAGCGCCAUUGUGGGGCCCUGUGGUGGUGACACAUGUCGCUCUCUUUGUCUUCCACGUGUCCAAUGCUCUCGCCCUCAUCAACGCUGCUCCGAUUUUCUUCCUUGAUGGAGAGGCCAUUCUCUCAGACUUCCUCCGCCUGGUUCUCCCUUUUCCCUCGCAUCCUCUCUCCUCCCAUCCUCUCUCCUCCCAUCAUCUGCACCUCCGUCACCAACAGCAAAUCAUUCGCCACCAUCGUAUCCUCACGAGUGUCCUUUAUGGGGGCUCUUUCCUUUUUUUCGUCUCCCUGGCUUCAUCUAUAUUGUUUUCUCAUACAUGA